ACUCACUUUCCCUCUCCCUCUCCUUCUCACCUUCACUCUCUCUCUCACUCUCUCUGUUCGGAGCACUAGGGAUGGAGGAAGUAGACGAGACGGAAGCUCUGCCUCAGGUUUAUAUGGCAUGCAUCAUUCAUGGCCGUCGAGUUGGAAUUUCUUAUUAUGAUUCCAGUAUUCGCCAACUUCAUGUGCUGGAGGUUUGGGAAGAUGGUAAUAUGAAUUUUCCCCUAAUUGAACUAGUUAAAUAUCAGGCGAAGCCCCUGAUAAUUUAUGCAAGCACUAAAAGCGAAGAAUCCUUCUUGUCUGCUUUACAAGGAAGUGAUGGAGCAACUGAGCCCCCCACUGUGAAGCUUAUGAAAAGUUCAAUAUUCAGCUAUGAACAAGCAUGGCACAGGUUGAUAUAUCUUCGAGUGACAGGGAUGGAUGAAGGGUUAAGCAUCAAGGAGAGGAUUUGUUUUCUGAGUUCUAUGAUGGAUAUCGGAAGUGAUGUUCAAGUUCGUGCAAGUGGGGGUCUUCUUGCCAUACUAGAGAAUGAAAGGAUUGUAGAUACCCUUGAGCAGAAGGAAUGUGGGAAUGCAUCAAUUACAAUUGAUUCUGUCACAGAAAUCUCAUUAAACAAUUUUCUCAAACUUGAUGCGGCAGCACAUGAGGCAUUGCAGAUUUUCCAAAUAGACAAGCAUCCAAGCCACAUGGGCAUUGGUAGAUCGAAAGAAGGGUUUUCAGUUUUUGGGAUGAUGAAUAAGUGUGUAACACCUAUGGGCAGACGUCUCUUGAGAAACUGGUUCCUGAGACCUAUACUGGACCUUGAAAAUCUGAACAAUCGUCUAAAUGCUAUAUCUUUCUUCCUUUGUUCUGAAGAACUGAUGGUUUCUUUACGUGAAGCACUUAAGGCUGUGAAGGACAUUCCCCACAUACUCAAGAAAUUCAACUCUCCAAGUUCCAUAUGCACAAGUGGUGACUGGACAGCAUUUUUGAAGAGUGUUUGUUCACUUUUACAUGUGAACAAGAUAUUUGAAGUUGGCAUUUCAGAAAGUUUGCAAGAGCAUGUAAAGUACUUAAAUUUGGACAUUAUUGAAAAGGCUAGUUUGUGCAUUACAACAGAGUUGGCUUAUGUCCAUGAACUGGUAAUUGGUGUCAUUGAUGUAAAUAGAAGUAAAGAGAAGGGCUAUGGGACUAUUGUUAAAGAUGGAUUCUGUGAUGAGCUGGACGAACUGAGGGAGAUAUAUGAAGAAUUGCCAGAAUUUCUGGAAGAGGUGUCAUCGAUGGAACUUGCCAGGUUACCUUGUUUGUGUGGAGAAAAGCUUAUUCCUUGCAUAGUUUAUUUAUAUCAAAUAGGAUACUUGAUGUGCAUUUUUGAAGAACUUGAUGAAUCAACCCUCAACAAUCUCGAAGAUUUUGAAUUUGUAUUCUCUGAUGGAGAUGGAGACUCAAAAAAAUUCUUCUAUCGUACAUCAAAAACACGAGAGUUGGACAACCUUCUAGGAGAUAUCUACCAUAAAAUUCUAGACAUGGAGAGGGCAAUUACUAGAGACUUGGUGUCUCAUAUACUUCUGCUCUCAAGAACUCUGCUUAAGGCUGUGAAUUUUGCGGCCGAGCUGGAUUGUGUUUUGUCACUGGCAUUGGUUGCUCGUCAGAACAAUUAUGUGAGGCCUGUUUUGACAACAGAUAUCUUGCUUGAUAUACAAAAUGGAAGACAUAUUUUGCAGGAAAUGACAGUAGACACCUUUAUUCCCAACGACACAAAGAUUCUUGAUGAUGGAAGGAUCAAUAUCAUCACUGGUCCUAAUUAUUCAGGGAAAAGUAUCUACAUUAAGCAGGUGGCUCUAAUUGUUUUUCUUGCUCAUAUUGGGAGUUUUGUACCUGCAGAUGCUGCAACUGUGGGUUUGACUGAUAGGAUAUUUUGUGCAAUGGGGAGCAAGCUUAUGACUGCUGAGCAAUCAACAUUUAUGAUUGACCUCCAUCAAGUAGGAAUGAUGCUAAGGCAAGCAACUUCACGAUCUUUAUGUUUGUUGGAUGAAUUUGGUAAAGGAACUCUUACGGAAGAUGGCAUUGGUCUUCUUGGUGGAGCCAUAAAUCAUUUUGUUGAAUUUGAUGACCCUCCAAAGGUUCUUGUGUGCACUCACUUGACUGAGAUAUUUAAUGAAGGCUGCUUAGGAAAGUCUGAGAACAUCAAAUUUUACACCAUGAGUGUGCUGAGGCCUGAUGACAAUUAUACAAAUGCUGAAGACAUUGUGUUCCUGUAUCGGUUAGUUCCUGGACAUGCACUGCCUAGCUAUGGACUUUAUUGUGCGUUACUUGCUGGAGUCCCUAAGGAAGUCAUUGAGAGGGCUGCUUCCGUAUCAAAUGCUGUCGGAAAUAAUAAGCAGAUUGAGCGAUUGUGCAGCGAGAAGAUACAAGCUCAAGACGAGCAAUACAAGGGGGCAGUGGACAAGAUGCUGGCAUUUGAUCCAGCAAAGGGCAAUCUCAAGCUCUUUUUCCAGGACAUUUUUCCUUAAGUCCCACACAACUCGAGUAUCCAAUUCUUUCCCAUGUUCAUCUAAAGCUCUGAUAUACAUGAUUAAUGAUUUUCUCCUUAAAAAAAAUUUGACUCAAAACCAGAGAAAAGAAAAAAGAAGAAGAGGAAAAGAAAUUGACACGUCUAGUUAUAAUUUGCAUUGA